UCUCUGGCUGGGCCAUGUUUGUGUGUUGGUGUGCUUAUUUCCUGAUCACAUGACCUGGUGUGUCAGGAUUCUCUCUCUCUCUCUCUCUCUCGCUCUCUCUCUCUCUCUCAGGCUGGACCAUGUUUGUGUGUCGGUGUGCUUAUUUCCUGAUCACAUGACCUGGUGUGUCAGGAUUCUCUCUCUCUCUCUCAGGCUGGACCAUGUUUGUGUGUCGGUGUGCUUAUUUCCUGAUCACAUGACCUGGUGUGUCAGGAUUCUCUCUCUCUCUCUCUCUCUCUCGCUCUCUCUCUGGCUGGGGCAUGUUUGUGUGUCGGUGUGCUUAUUUCCUGAUCACAUGACCUGUGAGAGAAUGAUGGGAAAUGUAUGUCACAGUAACAUCUGCCUUUGGUUGUGUUGGUUGUUUUUGUGUGUGUGGUGGGAGGAGUGUAGAGCAGGACCUUGGCUGUUUUAUUUUUUUUUCUUAUGUCCCAGUGGACAACACUAGAACAGGAAAUCAUUUCCUCUGCUUGUUGGCCAUUUACAAAGAGGGAGAAAAACUAUCGGGUGCAUUAUAUACGUAUUGUCAAAAAAGUGGCUGCUUUUCUACAGUGUGAUUCGAACUAGUCCACGACAAGUGCUAAGAGCACUGUUAUUUUUGCCUGGUGACGCACACAGCACAACCCCACCCUGCAGUAUGAGAGAGUUGAACCCCAGCGAGAUAAUGGAGGCGGAGCAGGCUCUGAAACUACAUUUUCCAGAAUCCCUGAAGGUGUACGGCUGUGUAUUCAACAUCAACAGAGGCAAACCACAGAACCUGGAAGUGGUUGUUGACGCCUGGCCUGACUUCAGUGCCAUAGUGUGCAAGCCAAAGAUAAAGGGCACACGCGACCGUGAGGGGGACUUCAACAUCCACAGCAUGUUCUCCAGAGACCAGGACAGCCUGAGGAGGCUACUGGACACUCCAGGGCUGCUGGACUGGGGCAUGUACACCCUGCUGGCAGGCGUUGACCUGAAUUAUCUGGACGCUGUAAAAGCCCUCAUGGAUCAGCACCAGGUUCCCUCACGGACACAGGGGGUGAUGCGCGUGCUGAGCCUCGGGAGUCCCACUCAGCUCAGAGCUCAUGAGAGUCCUCCUGGUUGUCUGAUCCAGCCACUUCGGCCGCAACACGCAGAGCUCGUCAACAGCAAUUGGAAGUACGGCGGCGAUGCCGACAGCUACAACUCUGUGCUGAGGUACAUCGCGCACCUUCCCAGCCUGUGUGUCAUACCGGAGGACGGUUCGGCAGCAGGAAGCCCCGUGUCCUGGGUGUUGCUGUAUCCACACUCCGCGCUGGGACUGCUCUACACCUUACCAGAGUACCGGCGGAGAGGAUACGCGAGGACGCUGGUGUCACGCUUCUCAGAGAUGCUGUUUGAGAAGGGGUAUCCCGUGUACUGUUUCGUGGAGGAGGGAAAUAGUGCCUCCUGCAGGCUUUUUCACUCAAUGGGCUUUAGAGAUAAGGAGAGUUACCGCGCUGCUUGGUUUGAAUUCAAUGAGAGGCCAAUAAAUUAAUGUAGUCUAUUCUUA